CGAGUGUCCGCACACGAAGCCGCUGCUUUUGUUGGGGGAGGUCUUUGCUUGCAAUUUCCCUUUUAGCCAAGUGGGGAGGGUGAACUUUAUCUGGACUUUAAGUGAUCGUCUUGUCUGGGGAUUUUGAAAGAUGUCACCCAACCACAAUGUCCAUCAAGUGGCGCCGACACGCUACCGUGUCGAAGGGCCCGGCAACAUGUACUUUUCCAACUUGCAACUCGUUGGUAGCAUUUUGGGUGUUCCUCUGGGUAUCGUCCUGCUCACGGGAUGGCCCUUGGCAUGGUUCCCGUUCCUGGCCGUCCUGCUAGCUCUUCCCGUGUUUGCGGCGUACAAUGUCCUGUACGCUCAAUAUGCUCCUCCGAUUCGCCCCCAGAAAGGCCUACCGGGCAAGAACAUUGAGGAUUACAUGGUGAUAAAGGACAAGGAACUUCAGAUCUAUUCUGGCAAAAAGAAGAUUCCCAUUGAGACCUUCUUUGAGAAUUACUUUGAUGAAAAGAUUGAUAUCAAGGAUGAUAUGUUGGAGCUUUUGGAAUCGAGACAUGAUUGGGCUUCCUUCAUUUGGACCACGGCUCAGGCAAAGUUUUUCUUGACUCAGUGGAUUCCUGAGACGCUCUGGCAUUCCAAGAAGCAGGAUGAGGAUCAAGUGCGGGACCACUACGACCGUGGAGAUGACUUUUAUGAAUCAUUCUUGGGCCCGAUGAUGAUCUACACCUCUGGUAUCAUGACCAGCGCCACCAAGCGCGAAACCCUUGAAGAAUUGCAACAGAACAAGCUCAACUUGGUCUGUGACAAGAUUCAACUGAAACCCGGCGACCGGAUGCUCGACAUUGGUUGCGGCUGGGGGACCUUGUCGGUUCAUGCCGCCAAGGCCGGAGCCAAAGUCACUGGUGUUACCCUUGGAAAGAACCAGGCUGCGUGGGGAACCCGCAAGGCGCAGGAAGCUGGCGUGUCCUCCAAUGUCCAAAUCCUUUGCAAAGAUUACCGUGACAUUCCCUUCCAAAAGUACGACAAGAUUACUUGUCUUGAGAUGGCCGAGCAUGUUGGUGUGCUCCGCUUUCAAACAUUCUUGUUGCAAGUUCGGGAAAUGUUGGAGGACGAUGGUGUAUUUUUCCUUCAAAUUGCAGGGUUGCGUCGGACUUGGCAAUAUGAGGACCUGAUGUGGGGUCUCUUUAUGGCCAAGUAUGUCUUCCCUGGCGCGGACGCUUCCUGCCCUCUCAACUGGUACAUUGAGCAGCUGGAACGAGCUGGCUUUGAGGUGCAGAGCUCCGAGACUCUUGGUGUGCACUACUCGGCGACGAUUUACCGCUGGUACUCGAACUGGUUGAAGAACAAGGACAAGAUUAUUGCCAAGUAUGGUGUGAGGUGGUACAGGAUUUGGGAGUACUUCCUUGCCUAUUCCACUAUUAUUGCGAGACAAGGCAGUGCUACUGUCUACCAACUGGUUUGCCACAAGAACUUGAAUUCGUUUGAUCGGAAUCAGUUUAUCGAACGACCGAGGCUUUAGUGGUUUUACCAUUACUUUGUAGUAGGGGUUUGAAACUUAUUUAGGAUUAUAGGAAGGAGAGAGGGUUGGGGUAUCUAGAUGAACGUUUGGGGCUUAGCAAAAAAGUGUAGAAGUUAGGGACUUUGGUCUUAAAACUUGUACUUUUUUCGGAAGAUGAAGGCUUUUGAUGGUUUUUCUUUUUAUUGUGCAGGGCGGUGUGCUUGAUUGAAUAACUGUUUGAC